AUUAAAUUUUUUGUAUAGUUUGGUCUGUUUACAAAUAAAUUGAUUGGAGCAAACACAGAAAAUCACGCUUCUUUCUUCUUCAGCAUUAGGGUUUAAGCAGAUUCCUUCUAGGGUUUCUGAAAAAAAUGGUGAUUGACAAUUCCAAGAAAUUGAAGACAGCAGUUGAGGAAAACGCCCAACAAAUUGAUACUGGUGGUGUUUCCUCCAUUGAGAAGCUUCAGGAAGUUCAAGAUGAACUUGAAAAGGUGAAUGAACAAGCUAGUGAGGAGGUAUUGGAAAUUGAACAGAAGUAUAAUGAGAUAAGGAGGCCUGUUUACGAGAAACGAAAUGAGCUCAUCAAAUCAAUUCCUGACUUUUGGGUGACUGCCUUCUUGAGUCACCCUGCACUUGGUGAGCUUUUGAAUGUGGAAGAUCAGAAGAUCUUCAAGUACUUAGAUUCUCUUGAUGUGGAGGAUUUCAAGGACGUGACAUCCGGCUAUUCCCUUACUUUUAUAUUCAAACCAAAUCCUUAUUUUGAAGAUACAAAACUGGUCAAGACAUAUACAUUCCUUGAUGAAGGAUCAACAAAGAUAACUGGUACAGCUAUUAAGUGGAAGGAAGGCAUGGGUGCGGCUUAUGGUGGUAAUCCUGAGAUGAAAGGGAACAAGCGGCCAGCAUCAGAAGACAGCUUUUUUAGUUGGUUUUCUGAGACUCAGCUGAAAGACAUUGCGGAUGGGCUUAGUGAUGAGGUGGGCGAGAUAAUUAAGGAGGACUUAUGGCCUAAUCCGCUGAAAUAUUUUAACAAUGAAGCUGAUGAAGAAGAUUCUGAUGGAGACGAGGACACGGACGAGGACGAUGAAGAUGAAGAGGUAAAUAUUGAUGAGAUUAGACCAUCUUCUUUUUUGAAGUUGCUUGAUUUGGACCUUCUGGAUAACGACGACGACGAUGAUGAUGAGGCAGAUGAGGAUGAUGGCUGA